AUGGCACUUAUGGCUUACCGUAGUGCGGAGCAUUCAUCAACAAAGUUCUCACCGAACGAAAUGAUGUUGGGACGCGAGGUUCGUCUUCCUGUGGAUUUAAUCUACGGCACCCUGCCGAGGGAAGCGGACAAUAACGGUAGUGUACCUCAGUUUGUGUCAAAACUCGUCAAGUACCUCGACAGUGCACAUGAUUUGGCAAGACAGAAUAUAAAAGACUCGUCAGAAAAACAAAAGGGACACUAUGAUUACAGGACGAACACAAAGUCAUAUAAAACUGGGGACGCGGUGUGGCUUCAUGAUCCAAAACGGAGGGUUGGGAUAAGUCCUAAACUUCAAUCCAACUGGGAUGGUCCGUACCUUAUCGUGAACUGCCUAAGUGACUUGGUUUUCCGUAUACAAAAGACUCCGAGUUCGAAACCUCGCGUUGUACAUUUCAAUCGUUUGAAAUCGUACCAUGGUGACUAUAAAAACUGGUUAACUACACAGGAAAAAGUCUUAGGGGAGAGCAAUUUUCCUGACGACAGAGACUUUGCCUCAGAGCAUGGAAGUAUUACAGAUGAUGACAGUGAAUGCGCUGAUGGACGUGGUAAGAGGUUAAGUAGACCUCCGGACAGAUAUGGAUAUAUUUGA